UCCGGAACGUUGAGAAUGGCUCCUAAAAGAGAACCGUCCAUCAAGAAGUCUCCUUCGCCCGUGGCCCAACCCAGGCUGGGUCCUCCUUACCCGUGCCUGCCUGCAACUCCUGCGGCUCCGAAACCGACCCUGGAGCAGAAGCCUCGGAUGCUGCGUCCUUCAGAUUCACCGUUUGACCCAAGUACCUUGGAGAUUGAAUUUAACCUGGAUCAGAUUCAUGAGUUUAAGGAGGCGUUCCUGCUGUUCGACAGGACAGGAGAUGGGAAGAUCUGCUACAACCAGUGUGGGGAUGUCAUGCGGGCCCUGGGACAGAACCCCGUCAACGCUGAGGUGCUCAAAGUCCUGGGCAACCCCAAGGUUGAGGAUAUGAACACCAAGAUGCUGGACUUUGAGCAGUUCCUGCCUAUGUUCCAGGCCAUCGCUAAGAAUAAAGACCAGGGCUCCAUGGAGGAUUUUGUGGAGGGACUGCGUGUCUUUGACAAGGAGGGCAACGGCACAGUAAUGGGAGCAGAACUACGUCACGUCCUCACCACGCUAGGUGAGAAAAUGACAGAGGAGGAAGUGGAAACGCUCUUGGCUGGACAUGAAGAUGCGAACGGCUGCAUCAAUUAUGAAGCAUUUGUUCGUCACAUCAUGGCAGGCUGAGGGCUGAACUGGUCAGAAUGGUUAUGAGCGGGUGAAGACGGAGAGCGACCCACUGAUAUAUUUUUUUUUACCCUUUGAAGUGUGCCGUCUUUUUGCAUUUAGCUUCUACAGUCCCUCCCCAACUUUUUUCCAUGAGGUAGUUGUCCACAUUUAAUUUAAGAAGUGCCUUUACAUUCCCCUUAAAAUACCGCACAUGGUCCUGGCUGUUGUUUCCCGGGUUUAUUCACAUGUAUGACCAACUUGUGUUCAUUUAGUCAUUGUGUGUCUUGCAAUAACAUUUCGAGAUGCAGCAUUUAAAAUUGAUAAUCACGUGCUAUAACUGUUUGGCUGAAUUAAUAUAUAUAUAUAAAUGUAGUAUAAAUUUAAUAAUACUGUCAGAAAUCUGCUGUCAUCAUUGGCUCAGACUAAAAUGUUCUUGCAGCGAACCAGUACGUUCAAAGCCAUACUGUUCUUAGUAGAAAGAAACGUUUCAAAUGAGUCCCCAUGUUUUUAAUUCACCCCGGUUUUAUUGCUGCAUCAAAAUAAAUGUUUUCCUCAAACCUA